CGUGCUGUCGAAAAUGACUUGUAGUUACUGCUAGGAUUUUACUGUUUUCAACGGCAACAAAACCUGACUCAUCCUGGAUUUGGAAUCAACAUAUACUCAUCCGUCUUUGUGAAAAAAUAUACCUUUUCUGGACGUUCUGUAGUGAAGUGUCAGCUGUGGUUAUCUGAGACAUGGCCGGUGAAACGAGACCGGGAGUUGAGCGUUCGACACCGGCCAACCAUCCGGGUCGCAGCGGGGAGAGCAAGGCGCGUUCCUCCACGGGCCGGUCGCGGUCUUCACGCUCGCUUCCCAACUGCUACGUGUGUGGUGCACGUGGGGCAGACACCAUAUUGAGAAGCCGUCCUCAUGCAAGUGAUGCUUUCUUCCCGUUUCUUCAAUAUCAUGAUGCUUCAUCAGGAUCUGUGUUUCGAGCGGAUGGUACAGUAGACUGCUGUCAAGUAUGCCAAGCCUUCUUAAAGCAGCAAUGGAUGGCACAUGAAAGUACCAAUACACCGAUUGUGAAACGUCUCUACUGGUUGAAACGCAGUGAGGGGACAGGGGUGGGUCAUAGCAACAAGCCAGACCCACAGAUGCAAGUCAGCCCUCAGGUCCGUGAAGAGAUGUACAAACUUAACAUCCGAGACUCCCACUAUUCUGACGCAGGGGUGUCCAUGCCAUUAUCAACAGGUCCCGAUAAUCCACGACAGGAUAAUGGUUUUCCCGCACCGCCCGAAACUCCGGAUCAUAAAAGAAGGAUAUCUUUUGAUAAUGUUGACGUUGAUAUACCAUCAGUCACUGUUUGCUAUGGAUGUAGCUCCACCACAUCCAAACAGUCCAUACGAGUUGUACACACAAGCCAUUGGUCUAAAUCGGAAGCGCCGUAUUUUCCCUGCAUCCUUGGCCACCCCGCCCCUGCUGGAGCAAAACCUGUCGAUAAUCUUGGUCGAGUGUUAAUGUGUGAACUCUGCACUUUGUUUCUUCUUCGUCAGUGGCAUUCAUUCGAGAGGGACAGUGUACCCCUUCACCAACGGAAAUAUCACCUGAGAUCUGAAGCUGACCCUAAUCCUAACAUAGAGUCCGGGGCGCCAAACCACAUAGUUUGUUUUCUGUGUGGGAAGGCUGUCACGCUGUCUGAUACGCACCUCAUACGUGCUCGACGGUACAACAGCAGUGAACCGUAUUACCCAUUUUUAGAUAAACACACCCCCCUCACAGGGAGUUCUCCUUUAAGCAAAGAGGGUCUGGCCCAGGUGUGUCUAGCAUGCAGCAAGGAUCUAUACGAGCAAUGGAACGCGCACGAAUUAACCCAUACUCCGCACGACAAGCGCGUAUAUCGCAUCCACAAGGCUAAGAAGCACUCAAGAAUGCAUACGAGCGCAGAGCAUAGUUUACAUAAGCAGGUUGACAUCAAACCCAAGUUGAAUGUCUGCUACCUGUGUGCGCAGUCAGUACCCGAAGAGCACACGAAAAUGGUUGACACACUAGCCCCGGAUAAGAACAGCAACCGUUUGAUGUAUUUUCCUUUUCUAACUAAUAUAAAAAGACAAUCCCAUGCGAAGCCAAUUGAAGCAAACGGACGCGUUGCCACGUGCAGUAACUGCUUCCUGGAGCUGGAGCAACAGUGGAAGGUCUACCAAGCCGAAGGUAUCCCACACAGUGAGCGACGAUAUAUCGGGAAAUAUAAACUAGGGUCGCCCACUGACACCCACUCCUUCUCUAAGGGUGUUUGCUAUCUUUGCGGAGCCCACUGCGAUCCCAACAGACUCUACAAACUGCACUCUUACCCUCGCAAGACCACGGGCAACAUCGACGAGACCACGCCUUUCUUCCCGUUUCUUGCAAGUCGUAACCCCGCCCCAAGCGCCAUUUCAAUCGAUGCGGACGGCACCGCCUUCAGCUGCAUGUUCUGUUACUUCAACCUGAUAGCCCAAUGGCAGGAUUUUGAGGAUUCCAAGGUGUUUACGGACACCAAUCGCUGGCUUCGUCACUACUUCGUUCAUGAGUUUGCGUGCUUCGUUUGUAGCCACUUGACAUCUCGGGAUGAUGUACGCACUGUCAGCACCAAGGAGUUCCCCUGUCUACUCCGAAUCGAAAGACCGAGAGGGGCAGUAGUUUUGGAACAUGGAAAUAUUGUCUACACAUGUAGCACAUGCGAGUUGUCGCUAAUUCGUCAAAGGAGAACAUUUGAUCAUAUGAAAACGCCUGAGGGAAAGAGAAAAUACAAGCUUGGUGAACAUACUCUAGGAGAGUACGAGGAGGACUGUACUGGAUACUGA